AUGCUCGCUUUCAACACUCUUCUCGCGCUGUGUAGCGUGUAUAUCCCAAUGGUUGCCGGACAGGCUACUAUCGAGCUCGACUAUGGAACAUUCGUCGGUGUCGAAGACUCAACUACAGGUAUCACUUCAUUCAAGGGAGUCCGGUUUGCUGAGCCUCCGACUGGUGACUUGAGAUGGAAAGCUCCUGUAUUCCCCCCUACGACGCAGCUUGGGACGGUCAACGCUAGCACUUUUGGUAAUGUGUGCAUACCUGUCCCUCAGUCGACCGUGGUAUCAGGUACAUCUGAAGACUGUUUAUUCGCCAACGUGUACGUUCCCUCUAAUGCCACCUUGAGUUCGAACCUACCGGUCAUGGUGUGGUUUCAUGGAGGAGGAUUCCAAGCUGGAAAUAGUCGAGCAAACGCAAUUCCGCUGAUGCAAGCUGCGCCUUCGCCUGGAAUGAUUUUCGUGUCCUUCGAGUAUCGUUUAGGGCAGUUCGGAUUCUUAGCCGGAUCAACUUUCGCAGCAGCGAAUGGGUCACUGAACGCUGGGAUGCUGGACCAGCGUGUCGGUCUGCAGUGGGUUCAAAGAUAUAUAUCUAACUUUGGCGGAGAUCCUACAAAAGUCACGAUCUGGGGAGAAUCUGCUGGAGCUGGGGCUACAAUGUUCCAUCUCAUAGCAAAUGGAGGCGAUCAAGAGGGCCUUUUCCGUGCCUCAAUGGGCGAUAGCUCAUCAUUGAGCUUCAUGCCUGACUUUGACAGCGAUUAUCUCAACGGCGUCUUUGACUUAUUUGCUGGUUUUGCGGGUUGCUCUUCAUCGUCCGACGUUAUGGCUUGCCUCAUUGCGGCUGAUGCGAACACUAUAGCAUCUGCGGGUACCCAGGUGUUGAAAAACCGGACCUCGACAUUGUUUGUUUUUGCCCCCUGCAUUGAUGGUACUUUCCUGGCAACUAGACCGGUCGAAGCGUUUGCCAGUGGAGCAUUUUCCCAAGUUCCUGUCUUGUUUGGAUCCAACACGGACGAGGGCGCAAAUUGGUCUGCCGAGUUACCCAACCCAGCCGCCAACACCUCCGAACCUAACGCUACGGAGACAACAGUCUAUAACUUCUUGGCCGGACAAUGGCCCACCCUCUCAAACUCUACAUUCACAACUGCUCUGGAACUUUAUCCCUUGGCCGACUACAACAACUCGUUAAGCCUUCAAGGCCAGCAGAUGUACGGCGAGGCAAGAUAUAUUUGCACUGGAAUGAUGAUUUCUGCCGCCGCCACAAGGCAGGGAUUCACCUCGUUCCAAUAUCACUAUGACAACCCAGACCAAGGUUCCGACCAUGGAGCCGACCUGACGGGACUCUUCGAUGCCGCUUCGGGGUUCACCGGGAAUGACGCUGCGCUGUUUGUGGCCAUGCAACAAUAUUGGUCGUCCUUCGUCACUGCCCAGGAACCGACUGCCACUAAUGUAGCAUCUUGGACGGCGGUCACAAAUUCCACCUCAGGUGGUCCGCGUAUCCUUCUUCAUCCUGGGGCUGUCGCAAUGGAGGAGAUCACCGAUGCACAAGCUGCAAGAUGUGCAUUCUGGCACAGUAUUAGCUCGGAACUGAACACUUAA